AGCCCCAAAGCAGAAAUGGUCUCCAAAUCCGACCAGCUUCUGAUCGUUGUCUCCAUCCUGGAAGGACGCCAUUUUCCCAGACGUGCAAAGCAUAUGCUUGUGGUAGAAGCAAAGUUUGAUGGUGAACAGCUAGCUACGGAUCCUGUGGAUCAUGCAGACCAGCCAGAGUUUGCCACCGAAUUGGCUUGGGAGCUUGAUAGGAAAGCACUUCACCAGCACAGGCUACAGCGUACACCUAUCAAACUCCAGUGUUUUGCUUUGGAUCCUAUAUCUUCAACUAAGGAGACUAUAGGCUAUAUUGUACUCGAUUUAAGAGCUGCUCAAGAAAAGAAACAGGCACCAAAAUGGUAUCCUUUGCUCAGCAACAAAUAUACUAAAUUUAAAUCUGAGAUACAGAUAAGUAUAGUGUUGGAAACUGAUACAAAAGCACCAGUGGAUGGCUUUAAAGCAAAAGAAGCACCUCCGAGAGAAGGAAAAGUGCCUGCUCUGCUUUCUGGGCUAGAUCCUAAAAAUAUUGUAGCAGUCCUGAAUGAGGAAGAAGGCUAUCAUCAAAUUGGACCAGCAGAAUAUUGCAGAGAAUACUUUGUUUUGUCUGUGACUAUAGCAUUUGCCACACAGUUGGAACAGUUAAUUCCUAGUACAAUGAAACUUCCAGAACGACAGCCUGAGUUUUUCUUUUACUAUUCGUUACUGGGAAAUGAUGUAACAAAUGAACCCUUCACUGAUCUAAUCAAUCCAAACUUUGAGCCAGAGAGAGCAUCAGUUCGAAUACGCAGUACCGUUGAAGUCCUUCAAGUUUAUUUUUCUGCACAGCCAAAAAUACAGAUCCAUCUUUGCUGUGGGGACCAGUCUCUUGGAAGCACUGAAAUACCACUAACUGGAUUGCUGAAGAAAGGAAAUGUGGAGAUUUAUCAGCACCCUGUGGCAGUUGAAGGGGCAUUCAACCUUGUUCCACCAAAUAGAGCCAAGCAAAAAUUGCCACCAUUGGCCUUAGAUAUGGGUCCUACUGUUGGGGUAUCAGUAACCCUACAAAAGGAAGGCAUAAAUACCCAGUCAUUGAUCCACUUAGACCUUCAGACUGAGCCAGAACACUCGCAGAAAAGAGUUUUGUCUCCCACACGGGAUAAAACAAAGAGCCCACAGCAAAGAUCUCAGAGUGCUCCUUCUGCCCCACUUCAGAAUGGCCAUUCUCCUCCCACAAAAGAUGAAGCAACAGAGAGCGAAGUAGAAAGUCUUCAAUAUGACAAGGGCACAAAACUAAACAAAAAAGAGCUGGUGGUUGAAUCUUGCAAAGAAGUUAACAACCAAGAGUCUGAAGAGCUAGCAGUUUUCAAAUCUCAGAGCAGAGCAAAGUCGCCUUUACAGUCAGAGCUGCAAAAUUCAUCCUUGAAUGCUCUAGCACCUGUUUCCCAGUCCCACCCUGGAGCUGCGUCCAGUACUUCUGAGUCUACUUCGGGGCAAAAAAUUGCAGUUCCAGCAGCAUCACAUCAUUUUUGCUUUUCAAUAGAUUUACGGAGUAUUCACAAUCUCGAGGUUGGGUUUCCAGUCAAUUGCAUUUUAAGGUACUCAUAUCCAUUUUUUGGUAGUGCGGCACCUAUUAUGACAAACCCUCCUGUAGAAGUGAGAAAAAACAUGGAAGUUUUUCUACCCCAGUCCUAUUGUGCAUUUGAUUUUGCAACUAUGCCUCAUCAGCUUCAAGACACCUUCUUCAGGUUACCACUGCUGGCUGAAUUGUGGCACAAAGAUAAAAUGACUAAAGACAUACUUCUGGGAGUUGCCAGGCUGCAGCUUUCAAAUGUUUUGGGCUUGGAAAAAACCCGAUUCUUGGGUACUAAUGGUGAACAGUGUUGGCGUCAGACCUGUAGUGAAACAGUUGGUGUUAUGGCAGCACAAGGGGCAAACAAUAGGAUAGCAGAACUUUCUUACACUGUGACUCUGGAAGAUUAUGGGCUUGUGAAAAUGCAUGAAGUUCUGGUAUCAGAUUCUUCUCAGUGUUUAGGUGCUGGGCAGCAGCAGGUCCCUCCACCUCAGCCUCCUCAUGUCCCAGAAACUGAGCCAGAGCCACGAGAAACUCUUGAAUACAAAGCAGCACUUGAGUUAGAAAUGUGGAAGGAAAUGCAAGAGGACAUCUUUGAGAACCAGCUAAAAAAGAAGGAGUUGGCUCACAUGCAGGCACUUGCAGAGGAGUGGAAAAAAAGGGAUAAAGAAAGAGAAGCAUUAGUAAAGAAAAAGGUAGCGGAAUAUACAAAUUUGGAAGAACAACUUCAGAAAACCUUGACAGAUUUAGAGAAGCGUGAACGACAGCUUGUCAGUGCAGAAUCAGAGCUCCAAAGAGUAAAGAGAGAGUUGCAAGCACAGCAUGAACGAAACUUUCAAGAACUGCAGGAUUCUGUGCGGCGAGUCAAAGAAGAAUGUGCACAUCAAGUUGAACUGGAGAGGUCAAAGAUCAAACAGCUGGAAGAGGACAAGGUCCGCCUGCAACAGCAAUUUUAUGAAGCAGAAAACAAGUAUAAGAUUUUGGAAAAGGAGUUCCAGCAGUACAAGGAACAGCAAUGCAGCAAACCAGAAAUCCGGUUACAAUCAGAAAUAAAUCUUCUCACUUUAGAAAAGGUUGAACUUGAAAGAAAGUUGGAAUCAGCUACCAAAUCAAAGCUGCACUACAAGCAACAGUGGGCAAGGGCUUUGAAAGAACUUGCAAGACUAAAACAGCGUGAGCAAGAAAAUGCUAUGGCCCGCCUUAAAAAGCAGCAGCAAGAGUUGGAACACAUGAGACUGCGCUAUUUGGCAGCAGAGGAGAAAGAAGUGGGGAAAACAGAGCGAAAAGAGCUGGAGGAUAUCAGAAAUGAACUGAACAGGCUAAAGCAACAAGAAGACAAAAAACAAUCACAAGAUUCCAGAGAUAUUUCAGUUGAGCGAGUGGGUAGUCUUAAUACUAGACAAUUAAAUGAAAGCUUGGAUGAUUAUCUCACUCGCCUGAUAGAAGAGAGAGAUACAUUGUUGAGAACAGGUGUGUAUAACCAUGAAGACCAUAUAGUAAGUGAAUUGGAUCGCCAGAUCAGAGAGGCGCUUGCAAAAAGAAGCAGCAAUAAAUAG